GACAACAUAACAAUGAAUUCAACAACCAGAAACACUUUCUUUAACAUUACUGAUCUCAGUCCUGGAGUCAGAUACACCUUCCUGAUAUCUGCUGUUGCUGCAGAUAAUAUAACAGAAGGAGAAGCAAUUGGUCGUUCAGUCUAUACAAAGCCUGACACUGUUAGCAACCUCACAGCAUUUAAUGUUACAACAACCUCUAUAUUACUGCAGUGGACUGAAGCAAUGGGGGAAAUUUCCCAUUAUGUAAUCAAAUAUGAGAAUUUCAAUACGACAGUCAAUGAGACUACUGAAAUCACCAGCAUUAACAUAAAUAAUCUGACUCCUGGAGUACAGUACACAUUCAAAGUGUUUGCAGUUGCUGCUGAUAAUACAACAGAUGGAAAUUACAGCUGCGUUUCUGCCUACACAAAACCUGAUGUUCCAAAAAACCUCACAGUGACUGACAUUACAACAAGCUCAUUGUUUCUGAACUGGACUCAACCAAUAGGAGAAAGAUUUUUCUUUAAAGUACAGUGGAGUCAUGACAACAUAACAAUGAAUUCAGCAACCAGAAACACUUUCUUUAACAUUACUGAUCUCAGUCCUGGAGUCAGUUACACCUUCCUGAUAUCUGCUGUUGCUGCAGAUAAUAUAACAGAAGGAGAAGCAGUUGGUCUUUCAGUCUAUACAAAGCCUGACACUGUUAGCAACCUCACAGCAGUUAAUGUUACAACCACCUCUAUAUUACUGCAGUGGACUGAAGCAAUGGGGGAAAUUUCCCAUUAUGUAAUCAAAUAUGAGAAUUUCAAUACGACAGUCAAUGAGACUACUGAAAUCACCAGCAUUAACAUAAAUAAUCUGACUCCUGGAGUACAGUACACAUUCAAAGUGUUUGCAGUUGCUGCAGAUAAUAAAACAAAAGGAAAUAACAGCUGCGUUUCUCUCUACACAAAACCUGAUGUUCCAAAAAACCUCACAGUGACUAACAUUACAACAAGCUCAUUGUUUCUGAACUGGACUCAACCAAUAGGAGAAAGAUUUUUCUUUAAAGUACAGUGGAGUAAUGACAACAUAACAAUGAAUUCAACAACCAGAAACACUUUCUUUAACAUUACUGAUCUCAGUCCUGGAGUCAGUUACACCUUCCUGAUAUCUGCUGUUGCUGCAGAUAAUAUAACAGAAGGAGAAGCAAUUGGUCUUUCAGUCUAUACAAAGCCUGACACUGUUAGCAACCUCACAGCAUUUAAUGUUACAACCACCUCUAUAUUACUGCAGUGGACUGAAGCAAUGGGGGAAAUUUCCCAUUAUGUAAUCAAAUAUGAGAAUUUCAAUACGACAGUCAAUGAGACUACUGAAAUCACCAGCAUUAACAUAAAUAAUCUGACUCCUGGAGUACAGUACACAUUCAAAGUGUUUGCAGUUGCUGCUGAUAAUACAACAGAUGGAAAUUACAGCUGCGUUUCUGCCUACACAAAACCUGAUGUUCCAAAAAACCUCACAGUGACUGACAUUACAACAAGCUCAUUGUUUCUGAACUGGACUCAACCAAUAGGAGAAAGAUUUUUCUUUAAAGUACAGUGGAGUCAUGACAACAUAACAAUGAAUUCAACAACCAGAAACACUUUCUUUAACAUUACUGAUCUCAGUCCUGGAGUCAGUUACACCUUCCUGAUAUCUGCUGUUGCUGCAGAUAAUAUAACAGAAGGAGAAGCAAUUGGUCUUUCAGUCUAUACAAAGCCUGGCACUGUUAGCAACCUCACAGCAGUUAAUGUUACAACCACCUCUAUAUUACUGCAGUGGACUGAAGCAAUGGGGAAAAUUUCCCAUUAUGUAAUCAAAUAUGAGAAUUUCAAUACGACAGUCAAUGAGACUACUGAAAUCACCAGCAUUAACAUAACUAAUCUGACUCCUGGAGUACAGUACACAUUCAAAGUGUUUACAGUUGCUGCUGAUAAUACAACAGAAGGAAAUUACAGCUGCGUUUCUGCCUACACAAAACCUGAUGUUCCAAAAAACCUCACAGUGACUGACAUUACAACAAGCUCAUUGUUUCUGAACUGGACUCAACCAAUAGGAGAAAGAUUUUUCUUUAAAGUACAGUGGAGUCAUGACAACAUAACUAUGAAUUCAACAACCAGAAACACCUUCUUUAACAUUACUGAUCUCAGUCCUGGAGUACAGUACACAUUCAAAGUGUUUGCAGUUGCUGCAGAUAAUAAAACAGAAGGAAAUUACAGCUGCGUUUUUGCCUACACAAAACCUGAUGUUCCAAAAAACCUCACAGUGACUAACAUUACAACAAGCUCAUUAUUUCUGAUCUGGACUCAACCAAUAGGAGAAAGAUUUUUCUUUAAAGUACAGUGGAGUCAUGACAACAUAACAAUGAAUUCAACAACCAGAAACACUUUCUUUAACAUUACUGAUCUCCGUCCUGGAGUCAGAUACACCUUCCUGAUAUCUGCUGUUGCUGCAGAUAAUAAAACAGAAGGAGAAGCAAUUGGUCUUUCAGUCUAUACAAAGCCUGACACUGUUAGCAACCUCACAGCAGCUAAUGUUACAACCACCUCUAUAUUACUGCAGUGGACUGAAGCAAUGGGGGAAAUUUCCCAUUAUGUAAUCAAAUAUGAGAAUUUCAAUACGACAGUCAAUGAGACUACUGAAAUCACCAGCAUUAACAUAAAUAAUCUGACUCCUGGAGUACAGUACACAUUCAAAGUGUUUGCAGUUGCUGCUGAUAAUACAACAGAUGGAAAUUACAGCUGCGUUUCUGCCUACACAAAACCUGAUGUUCCAAAAAACCUCACAGUGACUGACAUUACAACAAGCUCAUUGUUUCUGAACUGGACUCAACCAAUAGGAGAAAGAUUUUUCUUUAAAGUACAGUGGAGUCAUGACAACAUAACAAUGAAUUCAACAACCAGAAACACUUUCUUUAACAUUACUGAUCUCAGUCCUGGAGUCAGUUACACCUUCCUGAUAUCUGCUGUUGCUGCAGAUAAUAUAACAGAAGGAGAAGCAAUUGGUCUUUCAGUCUAUACAAAGCCUGGCACUGUUAGCAACCUCACAGCAGUUAAUGUUACAACCACCUCUAUAUUACUGCAGUGGACUGAAGCAAUGGGGGAAAUGUCCCAUUAUGUAAUCAAAUAUGAGAAUUUCAAUACGACAGUCAAUGAGACUACUGAAAUCACCAGCAUUAACAUAAAUAAUCUGACUCCUGGAGUACAGUACACAUUCAAAGUGUUUACAGUUGCUGCUGAUAAUACAACAGAAGGAAAUUACAGCUGCGUUUCUGCCUACACAAAACCUGAUGUUCCAAAAAACCUCACAGUGACUAACAUUACAACAAGCUCAUUGUUUCUGAUCUGGACUCAACCAAUAGGAGAAAGAUUUUUCUUUAAAGUACAGUGGAGUAAUGACAACAUAACUAUGAAUUCAACAACCAGAAACACUUUCUUUAACAUUACUGAUCUCAGUCCUGGAGUACAGUACACAUUCAAAGUGUUUGCAGUUGCUGCAGAUAAUAGAACAGAAGGAAAUUUCAGCAGCGUUUCUGCCUACACAAAGCCAGACACUGUAAGAAAUCUGGUAUUCUCUGAAGUGACAACAGAAUCCAUGGCUCUUGAAUGGGGUGCACCUUCAGGACAGUGGUCUUUUUUUAGAGUGCAUUGGAUAAACAACAUAACUUCUGAAACUGCAUUUAACAUCACUAAUCUAGAACCUGGAACAAAUUACACAUUUGCAGUAUCAGCUGUUGCUGCUGAUAAUAAAACAGAAGGAUCCCUGGUUAAUAUUUCCACUUGCACAGGUGCAAGUCCUGUCUCUGAAAUAAUCUGUGAAGGAACAAAUCGCAGUGCAACAGCGUUGCUGAACUUAACAUGGUGGAAUCCUCCAGGCAACUAUGAAGGAUUCAACAUUGGUCUCAGUUCAACAACCAGUGACUUCAUUCCACCUUGCACUAAUGUCUGUAACCACAAUUAUUCUAAAAACCUCCAAUACUUCACCACUUACAAUUUGACUAUUUCAACCAUUGGAUGUGGUGAGAAUGGCACAAAGGUCAUUAACUGCAGAACAGGCAUUACAGAGCCACCAGUUCCCAGUAAGUCAGAAGACGUAACAAUAGAAGUCAUUCCAGAAAGCCAGAGUGUAAUAAAUCUACAAUUCAGUGCCAGCCUUCUGAAUGCUACUAAUGGACCAAUUGAAGCCUACGGUGUUCUGCUGUCACCUGACCCUCAAAGUAACAUCUCCAGGAGUUCCCUACAAAUUACCUAUAGAGACUGGCAGAAAGAGAAGACCAAGGCUUAUCUCACAGUUUUAAAAUUAAAUGAAAAUAAAAAUACCAGAAGCAACAUGAUUACGGUUGUCAUUGGUAAUUACUCAGAUAUGCUCAAUAAUACAGAAUAUAUAAACGGACCUCUGGAUAAUCAGGAAUACAGGGUAGCUUUGGUUUUCUUUACCUACCUGGAAAUCAAUAACGGACUUGUGGACAUCCAGAAAUCAAUCUACUCUAUGACACCUUUUGCCAAAGAUACUGCUAAACCAUUAGACCAAACAUCAAAUCCUGUUGCAAUUAUUUUGGGGGUGCUUUUGCCCAUUGUUAUUCUCUUGAUCAUCGCCGUCAUUUUCCUCGUCGUUCAAAAAAGACGAAAUACAAAGGCGUAUACAGAUAUUCCUGUCAACAACUUAAGUUUGUCUACAGCAUUUAUGAAUCCAUUUAUGUCCAUCAAGUGUCAUUGGCGCAAUUGUUUCCACUUUUUUGUAAUUUGCAGAAGCAUUCCUGUGAGGGUGGAGGACUUUGAGGCAUAUUUUAAAAAACAGCAGUUAGAUUCCAACUGUGGCUUUGCUGAACAAUAUGAGGACCUUAAGGUUGUUGGAACAGCUCAGACCAAGAAUAGUGCCCUUGCCAUGGAGAACAAGGGGAAGAAUCGCUACAAUAAUGUACUACCUUAUGAUUCUUCAAGAGUUAAAUUGUCAGUACAUGGCAACCCCUACGAUGACUACAUCAACGCAAACUAUAUUUCAGGUUACAACAGUAAGAAGGAGUACAUAGCAGCUCAGGGACCACUACCAGCUACUGUGAAUGAGUUCUGGAGAAUGAUCUGGGAAAAGAAUUGCCAUACCAUAGUCAUGCUGACCAAGUGCUAUGAGCAAGGACGUGUUAAAUGUGAGAAAUACUGGCCACCAGAAGCCAAGCUGUACAACAAUAUCCUUGUGACAACAUCAUCAGAAAUUGAAUUGGAAGACUGGACUAUAAGGGACUUCACCGUCAAGAAUGUGAAAACAGCAGAGACAAGGCAUGUUCGACAAUUCCAUUUCACGGCCUGGCCCGAUCACGGCGUUCCAGAGACCACAGAGGUGCUCAUUAACUUCCGACACCUGGUCAGAGAGCACAUGGACAACUUUUCCCAUAAUGCUCCAGCUGUAGUGCACUGCAGUGCCGGUGUGGGGAGGACUGGGACUUUUAUUGCUGUCGAUCACCUGACCUUUCAAAUUGAGAGGGAAAGCAUGGUAGACAUUUAUGGAAUUAUCUAUGACAUGCGUAUGCACAGACCACUAAUGGUUCAGACUGAGGACCAAUACGUGUUCUUGAAUCAGUGUGCCUCUGACAUAAUUAAAUCCAGAAUGGGAACCAAUGUGGACCUAAUUUACCAGAAUGCAGCAGCAUUCUCUAUCUAUCAGAAUGUGCAACGAUGAAGAAUGAAGGCUUCAAGCAGAAAUGGCUUCCAGGUGACAUUUAGCUUGGGAUCAGAAUGACAGGGAAAUUAUGUAGGAUUUUUUAAAAUCAGCAUGAGCCAUUUUAUUAUUUAACUGGAUAUCAAAACAAUAUUGCUGUUCACUGACAAAUCUAUUUAUGAGGUAUGCUUUAACUUAAGUUAAAAUGCUUAUUCAUUCUUUACCCUAGAUUGUAAGGCAGCAAAAACUUUACUUAGAUAAUAUUCUUCAUAAAUGUGUACCUCUUAAAUUAUGAAGAAAUCUAAAAAAUACCUAAGAUAUAUACUGUAUGAAAAUAAUGUAAUGUGAAAUGUGAGCUUUGUUUUUGCUUUUCUACUUGUUUUUUUUCUUCCAAACUUUUACACACUGUACAAUUUUUAGGCACAUAUUUGUACUCACACUGGGCAUUUUGUUUCAUCAGUUAUUAAAUGGAUUUUUCUGUGACAAUUUUGUGGCUUUUGCUCACUUUAAAGUUGCAGAAUGUGUUAUGUUCUGUUACAGAACAUGCUGGGCUUUAGAGAUAAAUAGCCGUAGUGUAGUCACCAUUCCAUGGGACGUUAUGGCCAUGGGGGUCUUUAUUUGAAACCAUACCGAAGGUUUCUAAUAUUUUGUAACUUUAUUUAAAACCUUCAUCCAGACUAUAAUGCAUUACAUAUAAUCAGUGGAUAACACAUUUAUAGAGUGUAUAUGAAGUAUUCCUGGUCAAUGAAAAGAUGAAAGCACUGAAUAGUUAUAAGUUAAAAGCAAUGUGUGUGUUAUGAAGUUAUCAUGCCUUCAAAUAGUGAUGUCUUUCAUCCAGUGUGGAAAAAACUUGACUUCUAGGUUCGAGAAAAUGUUAGAACAUCCACACGAGACCUCAGGGCUACAACUCUCAGAACUAUAGGUUUCUGUGGGAAUCAGAAUGAUUUAGUCUAAAACUAAAAAAAGGUCUAAAUUUUGCUCAGAAGGUGUAGAGGUUUAGAUAAAUCAUAGUCAUAUCACAUGUUGCACAUGAAAAUACAUUAAGAAAACACAGGACGUGUUUGUUGAAGUAUGUUCAGACUACUCAGACAGGUAUGCACUAAAUGUUUAGAAUUAAUUCAACAUACUAGGUGAAUUUACUGAACAGACUCUUCAUGAUUUUCUAUCACAUGGGUCGAGAAACAAAAUUUCAUGAGACCAUGCUGAAAAACACCAGGGGCGCUCUUUAGUUGCUUGAAGUAAAAACCUGAGAAUCUGUACCCAUGCAUUUUGCUGUCACAUUUUCUAAGAGUGUCUGACACAAGAGAUGCACAAGUUUAUUGAGGAUAUAAAAAGCAUGAAUUAGCAUAGAAUCUUUCUCUGUUACUGUAGGAUCAAACUUGUAAUGCAAAGGUACUGCAAUGUACAUUCGUAUGUUCAUGUUAUUUUUGUUCAGCGCUGAAAUGCAUUUGCAUUGUUUAAUUGUCUAUAUAUAUAAUUCAUUUAUUAGGCUCUAGUAAUGAGUCUGUGAUGGCUGAAUUCUUUCUCUACUGUUAUAUGAUUUAAUCAGGCUUGUGCAAUAUUUUAUUAUUUUAUAUAUGUAUGUAUAGAGAUUUAUUGGUUCAAGGUGAAUGUAACUUUCUACCGGAUGUAUAUUUUUAAAAUUUUGUUAAAUUAAAGAUGUUUAGUUUUGCAAUGGAGAUUUUUUUAUUAUUUACAUAGAAAUAUUGUAAUUGCUUUAUUCAUACCCUACUUUCUUUGUUUUCUUUUCUGCCAAACAUAUUUUGGUUAUCGAUUUAAAAAAAUGUGUCAAUAAAUGUGGUAAACCUGUCA